AUGACACAGGAAAUGCCAAAAGAAGCCCUCGUGAAAACACUGCAAAAACUACUUGAACCUGUGAGUGGGAAGCCGGUCUACCUUACGGCCAACGAUCUUCUCGCAGUCUGGGACUUCUUUGACAUCGACCAUGAUGGCACUCUCCUUGCGGAAGAAUACGAACUAUUCAUCCGCAUUCUUGGGGAAAUUCUCAAAACCGUAUUUCCAAACUAUGGCAGAACUUCGCUUCCUGAUCUAAUUACGGCGGCAAUAAACCCGGGUUUGCCCUAUCAAAUAGGGAUUGACGAGAUUUCACAUUUACUCAAUGAAGAAGAGCGCUUUCUGCUAGUUUUUCGCAAGCUCUCCAACAUUCAGUCAAGUUUUGACUUCAUGAAGACAUUUCUGGAGAAACUUCUCUCCAAGUCGACUGUACCUGUCACUCACGAAAAAGUCGAGGAGUUUGCCUCUCUCAUUGAUCAUAGUGGAGUGAUUGAAAAUGAAGAAUUUGAAGGGCUUGUGAAGGAUCUUUUGGAUAUCGCCAAAAAGAGUUACGACACUAAAGACCUCGAUGAGUUUAAGACUAACCUGCUAAGGCAAUGGGAUGAAAAUUCGGAUGGCAAAAUUAGUAAAAGCGAACUCAAACUUCUGCUUCUUCACUCCCGGUCGAUUUGA